AUGAAUAAGGUGGCCCUGAUCACUGGUGGCACAAGUGGCAUUGGUUUUGCAGUCGCCGAAGAUCUCAGCAAAACCGGCAGCUGGGAAGUAAAUAUUCUUGGCAGUAAUCAAGAACGAGGCGAAAAAGCAGCGGCUUCACUCUCCAACACCACAUUCUACCAAGUCGACGUGCGCAACUACGAGCAAUUGUCCUCCACAUUCGACCAGAUCUUUAAUGGCAAUCGGCGUCUUGAUUUUGUCUUCGCAAAUGCCGGAAUAGCCGAAUUUGGUGACUACUAUGCGACGCAGCCUGAUACUGGGAUUCCGCCCAAACCAGAUCUCGGAGUUGUUGAAGUCAAUCUAGAUGGCGCUCUUUAUACUAGCUAUUUGGCAAUGCAUUACUUCCGUCGGUCCCCAGAAUCGAGCAAGGGUGAUAGGAACUUGAUCUUCACAUCAAGUAUCGGCGGUAUUUACCCAUGCGAGCUGUCUCCGGUAUAUGUCAGUACUAAACAUGCACUUAUCGGACACGUUCGCUCUAUUGGAAAGCGGCUUUGGGCUGAAGGCAUCCGUGUUAACGCUAUUUGUCCUGGCGUCGUUGAAACACCGCUCUUUACUACAAGCGGGAUUUACAUCUCCAUAUUUCCCAAAGAGACGUAUAUUAAGAUGCGUAUUGUGACUGGCGUUGUAUCGCAGCUUCUAUCUGGAACUGAUAUUGUGGAUGGCAAGGGAAUGCGAGUGGGUAACGAUGAGAUGCACUCCCGGGCGCUCCAGAUUUCCGCGAAGACCUUUUUUUUCAUUGAGAAACCUGAAAUCCACGAUGAAGAGACGCAGAAGACUUGGAAUGUGAUGAUGGCGCUAAAUCAGUAG